AUGGUCCCAGCGAAACCUAAAAACAUUGUCAUCGUAGGAGGCUCGUUGGGCGGUCUGUUAACAGGCGUUGCGUUAAAACGCUUGCGGAAAGACCUUAUCGUUCGCAUAUUUGAACGCAAUCCUACGCCACUUCUCCAAGACCAGGGCGCAGGUGUUGUGGCAGGCCAGGAUGUGCAAAAAUUCUUCAAUACUUACGACCAAACUCAAACACCUUUGGCAGUUCCGAGCCACCAGCGGUUGUAUCUCGACAAGGCAGGCAACGUUAUCAGUUGUCACGACCAAGAGCAGCGCAUGACAAGCUGGGACUUGCUGUACCAUGUGCUCCGGACGAACUAUGAUGGCACAAAGACUGACUAUGCGGAGGUCCCUGUACCAGAAGAUGGCGAAGGCAGAACCUCAUACGAGUAUGGAUGUACAGUGACGAGCGUCUCGGUACCAAAUCCAUCUGCAACGCAACUGGAUUUCUCAGACCCCAUCCAAGUCACCUACCGACACAAAGCCGGAGCCAUAUCCACGGCCGAGGCUGACCUAGUCAUCGCAGCCGAUGGACCCAGCUCCCAGAUCCGCACCGAGUACUUUCCAGACGUGAAGCGAACAUACGCAGGCUACGUUGCAUGGCGCGGCACCGUCCCUGAGACGCAAGUCUCGCAAUCUGCACUCGACGUCUUUGUCGAGAAAUUCCCCUUCUACCACGCCCCAGGCAUGCAGAUCCUCGCAUACACGAUCCCAGGCAAACGCGGGACCACGAUGCCAGGCGAGCGGCUGCUGAACUGGGUGUGGUAUGUCAACUACGCGGAAGACUCGCCCGAGCACAUCGAGCUCAUGACGGACAAGCACGGAACCAGACACCACAUUACCCUUCCGCCUGGCGGCAUCAAAGACGACGUCUGGACACGCCAGAAACAGUUCGCGAUGCAAGUUUUACCCCCUCAAUUCGCCGAGCUCGUCACAAAAACGCAAAUCCCUUUUAUCCAAGCCAUCACAGACGUACUUGCCCCGGCGGCCUUGGUCAAUGGCGGCAGGCUGCUUCUGCUUGGAGAUGCGCUCGCGGGCUUCAGACCACACACAGCAGCCAGCACGAACCAGGCUGCGCUCGACGCAACCAAGCUUGCUGCUGCGCUGGACCGCGUGUUGCAAGGGGACACGCGAGCACUGCACCAGUGGGGAAACGAAGUCGUGGAAUACGGAAACAAGUUGCAAAAACACGGUGUGCACAUGGGUGAUAAAAGCCAGUUUGGAGAGCAUCCUAUGCAGCAGACAUAA